GUUUCAGAGGUGCCUAUGUGCUUCUAUGUCGAGACGCAGCAGAAGUUUGCUUGUAUUUGUGGCCGUGUGUACAAGCAGAAGACCGGCUUACAGCAACACCAGCGCUUGGAGUGCGGCAAGGAGCCGCAGUUCGCUUGCCACCUCUGCUCCUACAAGGCCAAGCGAAAGACAUCCCUCAACUCCCACCUACUGUUCAAACACAAACUUGAGAAAGACAGCGUACAGUAAGAGCUACAUAAUAGAUUUACUGGGAAAUCAUCAACCUGCUGGCAGUAUCAAGUUCGACUGUCCCUCCUGCGGGCGGAGCUUCAACCACAAGAACAACCUCUACCGCCACCAGAAGCUUGACUGCGGCAAGUUACCGCAGCUUUCCUGUAAUAUAUGUCCUUACAAAUGCAAGAGGAAGGACCAGCUCAAGCUCCAUGUCGCUGCCAAACACGGCUUCACUUUCGGCGAGCGGCAAGUUCCCGUGUGUCCAGUGCGGCCGUCAGUACAAGGCCAAGCGAAGUCUCACACACCACCUUCGCUACGAGUGCGGCAAGGACCCGCAGUUCGCUUGCCAUCUCUGCUCCUACAAGUCCAAGAUCAAGAGCAGUCUCAAGUCACACCUUCUCUUCAAGCACAAGACCAGCAUGUCUUUUGAUUCUUAUGCUUGAUUUGGGUUUACUUUUUGUCUGGUCUGAAGUUGAAAAAUAAAUUCAUUAUUCCUUU